UGUUUGACAUUUCAUAGACGGAAUGAUUCAUUUAAAAAAAUAAUCUGCAGAUUAAUUCACAAUGAAAAUGUUUGUUAGUUGCAGCUCACUGUGAAACAAUAUCAGACGUGACACAGAAAAGCUACAAAUAUUUACUUCACUGGAUCUGGUAACGAUUAAAAAUGGCAAAGUAAAAUCACAAUAAACUUUCUGAUGAAAGUAUAUUUUAAAAAGAAAUUUAAAUGUAGUAUUUAAAUAUGUAAUUUAUUAUUAUUUGAAAUAACGUUAUACCCUGACACAUGUUCAAUAGCUUGUAUGACGCAACACACAGCCUCUUAUGAGCCUAAACUAUCUGAAAUAUAGCAAAGCCAUUAAAAGACCUUCCACGUCGUCUAGAGAUGAGACCUUCUUUUGACUGUCUAACCCACUCUAUGAACCUCUGCCAACCCCCGCUAUUUCAUUAAGAUUUGAAGGUCAGGACCGGAACCGCCUCAUAUUUACAUUAGGAAGCAGCAGAACGCCUCUCGCCUCGCCAGCUUAUAACGGAUAACUUCCUGGAAGCUCGUCUGAGGAUGAAGCAGAAGGGGCCCUCCCCGCCUGCCCACUGACUAAUGGCAAACACAUGUGUUUAUAGGAGGAUCAAUGGCGAGCGGUGGAGUCAUCGUGUUGUGACUAACCGAUGUCUACACCAGAGAUCUGACGCCCGCUUUAAUAGACAGUUUCACCUGCUGCGAUUAGAGUCACGCAGCUGACUGAAGCAAACAAACAAAAAAACACAGGAGCGUCACUUCAAAAAGAAAAAAAAUGAUCUGCGUGUAGCCGUUAGCCGUUACAGCUAACUACAGGUUUGUUCAGUGUUAUUAGUGGGGGUGAUGUUUUCUGCUCCACAUCACCCAUCAGGUUUGAACAUCCCAUCUAGCUCUAGUGUGACUCACCGUGUAUUGGGGGUGCUAUCGAAGUGAUCAUGAUUUGUAUGUUUACUUCCCCAAAAGCUCUGCCCGAAUACAACCACACCGUAGUGAGGAGGAAGGUUGUGUAAAUGUGUCAAACUUGUCCCUUUUGGGAUCCUUGUAGUGGCCAAACUCACAGCAAUGGGUGAUGCAUUAGGUGUUCAUGUGUUUUGCAGCAUUUUUAAACACAAACUCAGUUUGCUCAUGGACAGUUUAAGGUUUUUAUCAAGGUGUUGGCAAUCCUAAAAGAGCUUUAAAGUAUGACAUUAAUAUUGUGAUGGUUAUAGUAUUUAUGUCUUAUUGACAUUGGCUUUAUGUCCUCAUAGUGUUGGUUGUAAAAAAUUAUAAAGAUUUCUGCCAAAUCAAUUUUUCUUUUAGAUAUUUUUCUUUCCUCUUGACUUUAUUGAAAUAUAAAGUAUAAACGUAUAUAUACAAAAGUGACCAUAAAGCAUUGUUAUGACACCAAACUAAGCACUCAUUCGUACGGUGGCCCUGAAGGCUUAGCGCACUGCAACGUACAAAACAUGCAAAUAGACCCAAAAGAAAGGAAAUGGAAAAAAACAACUCGUGCAGCAUUAAGAACAAAAAACAAGCACAAACUGCAAUUGAUGACGAGGUCUUCUCAGGCUGCAGUGCGUUGAGCUUGAUGCGUAAUUUUUUGCAGAGGACGUUUUAAACAUGCGCUUUACAAGUUUAUGCGGUUGUCAGUACCAUUUUUCAAUGUCUGUGUAUUAGUGCACAUGUGGUGCAGCUGGAUGCAUCGCUGUAAUUAGCAGAGACAAAAGGAGUGCGAUACGUGCUGCUGCUCUGGUGUCUUGAGGUGAUUUCAUUUCUCUUUUGAGCAUCAAACACCGAGCAGUUAACCACAGCAGGACAAUGAGUCUCGUUCAAGAACCACUCGUACUAGCAGGUUGCUCUGAACGCACAAGUGAUUUAGGAGAUAAUGUGUAGGAGAUGUUGUGAUGAUUUUGGCAUGACAACUUUUACAUUUCAGUGUUUUAGGAAGAUUAUCUUUAUGCUCAUCUGUUAGUCUGUCCAGUAUUAUCCUCUGUUGCACCCGACAGUGUAACAUCGCUUAUAUAUAUCUCAUAGAGUGUCACGUCCCCUUGACGCCGUCUCAUAUUACUCGUGGACCGCUUUGCUCUAGUUUUUUUAAGUGUUUAACCUACAUUACUGGUUUAUUUUGUGUCCCAUAACACCACCAGUGACGCUGUUAAACUUGUUAUCUUUUUGUCUGCAGGACUUGAAGCUCGGUAGUGUGGAACUGUUUUGUUUCGGUAACAUUUUUGGGAGUGAAACUUGCACACACAAUCAGAACAGAGCUGGCAGCCUUUACAUGGCAAUUUUUGCCAUUGAUUUUACUAAUGAUCGAACUGACAAAUGUUAAGUUAGUUAAGAUUAAAAGUUUGGGGAAUCUUGUACGAACAAACUUCCCAGAAGGGUUCAUAAUAAGAAUGUUCUUGCAUGAGGCCCAAUGUCUCGAAUAUAUUCAAACUCUUAAUUGGAGCCACAGUUGCAAUCACAGCAAUCAGCCUUUUCUUUUCCUCAUGGAUGCCUCUGCCAGCCUUGAUCAAAUUAUUGCGACAAGCAAACAUCCAGGUCCGCUCCCAUUGGGCGACGUCGACCUACGGGGGUCACAGCGGAACUUGACGCAGCUAGCUGGCGGCGGGGGGGUGAUUGUGAGGGUGUAAUUGUGUUGCUGGCUAAUGGUCCUGACAGUGCGCUCAGACAAUAGCCAGGGAGGCCAGGCCCGCAGCGAGAGAUAACGACAUUAGUAGCAGAGAGAGUUUCACAUGGGAACUGCAUGAAUCAGACCGGGUAGGAAAGGGGAAGGCCAACGAGGGUUCAAGAAGAAGAGGGCUUCCUCAUUCCCACACCGAGCUUCUGAAGUGUGAGGCGUUAAUGACAGACACAAAAAAAGUACUUGAAAGAUUAGUGAAACUGAAUAAUACUUUACUGUUGAGAAGCUGUAUUUGGAUGCUUAAAAACAGUUAAAGUCACCGUUUACUUGUUGCUGAUAAUCCUCACUUUGUCAAGAUUUUGCCUUUUAUGUGCAUGUCGCUUGUAUUCCGAUUAAGAAUCCAAUUGUACUCUGCUGAUUUCAUCUGGUACGAGUGUGUUUAAUUCAAGCAGCAAGACCACGCAGUGUGCUUCUGUAGCUUCAGUUUCAUUACAAGAUCGUUUUUAGCCAUUUUAUUGCAGAAGCAAUAAAUGUCAACAAAAGAUGUGUUGCUUGUUUUCUUUUUAUUGUCUUUACAAGGCCUAUCUGCCUGGGUGGUGGUGCUGCAAAAAGCAAUCAAGUUGAGUUGUUCGCACGAAAUAGACAAGCUGGGAAAACCGAACACCCUCCUUUCCCUCAGUAUCUAACUUUAAGGUGCCCUUGAGCAAGGCUCUUAAUCCCAUAAUUGUGUUUAUGGCGCUUACAUAUGAAGUACAGGACUGUUGUGCUGGACGGUUUGUCAUUAUGCAAGUAUGAAGCAGCUGAAAUGGAGUGUUCAUACUCAAUUAACUCCUUCCAUGGAUGAAUAAAGGCUAAAGGGAAAAGACUGAUGUAUUUACUGAGGCAAUUAGUCUUUAAAUGCCCCUCUCAGACACAGAAGUGGCACACUCUGGGGGUUUUCCUAUCUCCAAAAUCUGUGGUUUUGAGUCAUUAUCCCUCAGCCCUCGCUGGCCCUUUAGAUAACUGUGCCCCGGAGCAGAGAGCGCAAGCUGAGAAAAUCCCAUCAAGUUCAGAUUGGUCUGAAAAGGCAUCUGGUUUGGAGCUGUGGGCUGAUGGGAUCCUGCAUGAACCUGAUGGCCAAAGCAUUGUACGACAACAUGCCGGAGUCCCCCGAGGAGCUAGCCUUCCGCAAAGGGGACAUCCUCACCGUCAUCGAGCAGAACACGGGAGGCCUGGAGGGCUGGUGGCUCUGCUCUCUGCACGGCCGCCAAGGCAUCGCCCCGGGCAAUCGCCUAAAGCUGCUGAUCGGACCCAUGUUCGAGGCCCAGUCGCCGGCCGCCGCUGCCCAGUCGGCUGGCUCAGGGGGAGCUCAGGGGAUCUACCAGGUGCCACCGUCCCUCCAGAGUCCACAGCAGCAGAGUCAACAGAGCAUCUACCAAGUCCCACCUGGACAAGACGUCUACCAAGUCCCCCCAAGGAGUACUCUAGCUGCCGAUAACACACCGAGCAAGGUGGUGACCCCAACCAGAGUGGGACAGUCCUACACCUUCAGCCCCGGCCAGCACAACCAGCAGGACCUCUAUGAUGUCCCACCCAGUAGAUCACAGGGGGUGUACGAUAUUCCUCCCGGUCAGAUGUUUCCUGGCGCCAGAAACCAGGGAGUCUACGACGUUCCUCCGUCUCAGAUGGACCUCAGGACGCAAGGCGUUUACGACGUACUUCCCUCUUCUCAAGGGAUCUACUCGGUGCCCCCCUGCAGGACCAACCCCGCCCUCCAGGAAGGGAACUACGACUUCCCGCAGCCUCUCAAGCACAAGCAGGAGGGCAUCUACGACGUACCUCCCCCGGCCCUCACCAAACCCACUCAGAGCCCCCAGUCGCACUACGACUUCCCCCCCACGAUGGAGCCCCCCGCCCAUCACCAACACCUGAACGGCAACGGCAACGAAGGCAUUUACGACGUGCCUCCGUCCGCCCUCCACUCCGGGGCGGGGUCACAGAGCGACGUGUACGACGUCCCGCGGGGCAUGCAGCCCCCGCAGCAGCACAGGACCUCGCCCGCCGACCGGGACGGAAGCAAAGGUGUCUACGACAUCCCCGCUCAGGACACCCGCGCCGUCGCAGACGUGACGGACGGCGUGAACCGCCUGUCCUUCUCCAGCACCGGCAGCACACGCAGCAGCAUGUCCACCUCUUCGUCCUCCACGGUCUCCGAGGGACGCCUCGCUCUGGACGUGGACGCGGCUGUGCAGCGGCUGUGCCGCCUGCAGCAGGCCGUGGAGGCCUCGGUCGGCGCGUUGCAUUCGAUGGCAGCUUCCCCUCACUGGAGGACUUUCCCCUUCAUGGAGCGCCACGCCAACGACGUCCGCACGGUGUUGGACCGGGUCCGCGCCGCCCUCGGGGACUUUGUCGUGUUCGGCAGAGGGGCUGCGGCAAACGCCACGGCUCUGUCGGACUCCAGCCUGCACAGUAAGCUAAGGCGGCAGCUGGCGCGCCUGGAGGACUCGCAGCAGAUCCUCCUGCAGAUCUACCAGGUGCUGGAGAGCUGCAGCUGGGCCCUGAACACGCUGGCGUCCGCCGGCAAGCACCACAACAAGAGCGACGACCUGGACCGCUUCGUCAUGGUGUCCAGGACGUUGCCCGACGACGCCAAACAGCUGGCCUCCACGAUAGGCAGCAGCGCCGAGCUCCUGUUCAGGCGGACGCAUGCCGACGGGUCGUCCUCCAUGGGGAGCACACCAGAGGAGAGCACCGUCCACCCGCUCACCUCACCCUCGUCCGAUAACGACAACUACGGAGGCCAGACUAAGCCCUUCCCUGUGCCCUCCGGCCAGGACAAAGACAACAUGAACAACAGCGAGAAGUGUGUGAAAAGCUGGAUGGAGGACUACGAUUACGUACACCUGCAGGGCAAAGAAGACUUUGAGCGUCAGCAGAAGGAGCUGUUGGACAAAGAAAACAUUAUCAAGCAGAGUCAAGUCCAGCUGGGCCAGGAGCAGAUCAACCAGUUCAAGAAGCUGGAGCAGGACGUGAUCAAACCGGUGGAGAACGACGUCACGCAGUGGAUCUCGCAUCAGCACGCCGGCUCGACCUCGGCCCCCCCCACCACCACCACCACCACCUCGGACUUGCCCUCCGCCCGAGUGUGCGCUCGGGACCGCCAGCUGCUCGGCUUCUACUCCGAGCAGUGCGGGCAGCACUUCGCCACGCUCCUCGGCGCCGUGGACGCCUUCUUCGGCUGCGUCGGCACAGGGCAGCCCCCGCGCAUGUUCGUGGCGCACAGCAAGUUCGUCAUCCUCAGCGCCCACAAGCUGGUCUUCAUCGGGGACACGCUGUCCAGGCAGGCCUCGGCGCCCGAGGUGGCCAACCGCGUGAUGAACUCCAGCAACGUGCUGUGCGACCUGCUGAAGACGGUGGUGGCCGCCACUAAAACGGCCGCCCUGAACUACCCGAACACGGCCGCCAUCCAGGAGAUGGUGGACAGGGUCACCGACCUCUCGCAUCAUGCUCAGCAGUUCAAAGAACAGUUGCUGCAACUGGCCAACUUGUGACUUUCACCCAGGAGACAGACUCUAUGUGUACAUUAAUCUAGUACAAAUAUAUAUUUACAGUAUAUGUAUAUUGCUCAUCUUUAAGUUUUGGAUGUAAAUAGUAUCCGUUCUGUGUAUAUAUGCUCUAUUUUUGUGUAGAUGUUUUAUAUUAUGGUAUGAAGAUAUGUGUAGGUGUCUGUAGGAUUAUGUAGACUUUUUUCAUAACAUUCCUGUCGCAUAUUACAAAGCGCCCUAUGAGAUGUCCGGUGUGUUUCUUUUCCCUGUAGAGUGUUGUCUUACUGCUGGGUGUGACAGUAAAUCUCCUUGUAAAUCACGUUAAUGUUCAGUAUAUGUGUGUGCGUGUGUGUGGAGCUCUCCACAGAGUAAAGGAUUGUUCUUAA